GCGAAUGCGCAAAGAUUGAAAUUGGGAUCAACCUAGCAACGCUCGCAGGUCUCUCCUCUACCGCUGGUCAACAACAGAGCUGUGUUUUCUUCGCGAAGUUGUAAACCAUGGCCAUGUCCACCAGCUCCUUGUUCCCUGGCAACGACCGACUACGUCUCCCGUCUCAAUCUAUCUUUCCCACAUACACGUCUCUGGGACUUGCCUCUGGGGGAGUCGACCUCCGUUCCUGGCUCCAGCGGCCUGGUGGUAUUCAUCUUCACUUCGGGUGCUCCAAGUGUGUCGUGCGGAUGAAAACUAUUUCACAUUUUUUUGCCGUUUUGCACAUUUUUUGAAUUUUCACACCGAUCAACGAUUUUCUGUGCAUUGGAAUGUCAGUGUUUUAAGUCUCUGCUGUGCAUUUGCA